AUGUGUCAUAUUGCGCUCUACAUGACAAGAGAUAUAAUUGAUUGUUUAAUAACAAAAGGAAAGAUACCGUUAGUAGCACCCAUCAAUGUUACAGCCGUUAUGAUUAAUCAAACAACAGCAAAUAUAACAUGGCUAUAUCCCAUUGAUUCAAAUAAUGAUGAAGAUUUAUCAUUAUUAGGUGGUUAUAUUAAAGGUUUUUAUGUUAUUGUAUUUGCACCAAAUAGUUUACAACCACCAAUUGUACAUCGUAAUUAUGAGGGUACAAUUGGAAAAGUAUAUUCAGAUAUUGUGGGAAAUUUAACGCCUGGUACCACUUAUCAUGCACAAGUCAAAGCAUUUACAAAAAAAGGUGAUGGAAAACCAUCAACAGCUUACAUAUUUACACCACCAAAAGAAGAUUUUCGUAAGUUUUAG